AUGGCACGGACGCGAAAUGUUGAGCUUGCCGGCGUGGAGCAAGCGAGAGAGGCAUAUCCCGAGCUGGUGCUCCUGGCACAGCAGCAGGUAGGUUCUUGGGUCUUGGACUUGGGUCUUCCGGGAGGGAAGUGCGAGGUUGAGUUCGUCGUGGCCAGCAAUGCCAUCACCCUUCUCUCGGAGCUUGGCCCGUCGGUGCCAUGCGCAGAUCCAGGGCUCUUGACCCGCGGACCUCUUGAGUGCCUGGAAGUAGGAUCGAGGAUUGAGGCUUUGGGGGAGGGAGGCUAG